UCAAAAGGCUUGUGAACUUACUUCCAAAAAAUCAAAGGGAGCAAAGAUGUAUAUUACAGGGUUUUGCACCAAAUUGAAUCAUGAACUCUAAACCCUAUCUUCCACAAUGAGCGACCGUGACCGCCACCGCGACAGAGAAAGAGAUCGAAGACGAGACAAAGACGACCGCGACCGUGACGUCGAUCGUGAUCGCAACCGUGAUCGCGACAGAGCACGCAGCAAGAGAUCCCGUACACGUUCACCGGACCGUGUACGCUCUCGUCACUCUCGCUCCCGUUCUCCCGUCGAUCGUUCUCACCGUCGACGCCACCACCGAACACCUUCUCCAGAUCCUCCUAGAAAGCGUCACCGGCGUGACUCCGUCGAUGACGAGCCGAAAGAACACAAAGAGACGAAGAAAGUGGUGUCUGACUUUGUUGACGGAAUCGCGAAGGAACAACAGCAGCAAAAGCAGAAAGAGAAUGGAGAAGAAGUUGAUGUGAACGAAGAUGAGAUCGAGAUGAUGAAGAUGAUGGGAAUUCCUGUUGGUUUUGAUUCCACUAAGGGAAAACCGGUACCUGGUGCUGACGUCAGCGGUGUUAGAGCGGUUACGAAACGGCAGCCUAGGCAGUAUAUGAAUCGUCGUGGUGGAUUCAAUCGUCCAUUGCCUGCUGAGAAGAAUCGCUAGGGUUCGCUUCGUUCUGUUUUUCCUAAGGUAAUAUCUUCUGGCGGCGGUUCAAUCUUUGGGUAGCCUGAAGGCAGAAACAGUUGGUGGAAACUAAAGAAGCAAGAUUGCAAGAGUUCCUCUUGUUUUUUUUGACACACUUGUUGUUUGUGUUGAAUUAAUGAUGCCCUUUGCUACCUUCAACUCAAUGUCCGUGUAAUUUUUUUGUAACGUCAAAUGUUAUUAGGUUAUGUUAGCUCAGUUGGUAUGGAUAAUGCAUAAUAUAUGCAAGGUCCAGGGUUCGAAUCCCGCCCACCAUCAAAAAAAAAGUUAGUAGGGUUUGAACCUUCUGAUUAGUACUCGUUCAGUGUUCCUCAACCCAUCAAUCGAGCUGACUGCUUGGGACCAAUGUCCUAUGUAAUUGACAUCAAACAUGUUUUAGUUUUUGUUCAACUAAA